AAUGCAGCAUACAAGUGAGUGGUGAACUGUAGAUAAUAUACUUCAGUGAUACUGAUGGAAAGGACAAAAGGAAAAAUGAGUGGAGAAACUGUUACUAUGGCUUCUGAAACUACUUAAUAUUUCAGCAGAACUCAGGACUCUUCACCUGCACCACUGUUAAGGUCCAUUUGGUGAAUUGUGAACAUCAGAACAUCAGCUGACUUCAUCGAUCCCAAAGUUCUUUAGUGACGAUGAUGUUCAGGGCAAUGGGGCAAAUCCUGGUGAAUAUUGUAGCAGAAAUCAGGACUCUCAGGACUCUUCUUCUCCUGCUGUGCUGUUUACUGUGUGAAGCUGGAGACGAGACGGUCACACUGCAGGAAGUGGAAGGAACCACUAUAACUCUCCAUACUGGGAUAACUGGGAUUCAGAGUGAUGCUCAUAUAGUUUGGUUUUAUGGACCUGAGAAAGCAAAGAAAAAGAUAUUGAACAGUCAGGUGUUUAAAGGAGAAACUGUUACAGACAUCAGUGAGAGAUUUAAAGAGCGACUGCAGCUGAACAGAAUCAGUGGAGCUUUAACCAUCAGGAACAUCAGCAGAACUGAUUCUGGAGUUUAUUUAUUACAAGUCAAUGGACGUCUCUUAUCUAGGACUUUCAGUGUCAGUGUUUAUGCUCCAGUAUCAACUCCAGUAAUAAUAAAUGAAAGAGGAAAGCGAAGUGUGAUUUCCACAGAGUCGUGUUUCCUCCUGUGUUCUGUGGAGAAUGGAGAAGAUGUGAAGUUAUCCUGGUACAGAGAGAAUGAGAGAAUCUCCAUCACCAAUAACACAGAUCUCAGUGUUCCCCUCAAUCUCCCACUUCAAAUACAACACAAUGACAUUAACACUUACAUCUGUGUGUCUGCAAACCCUGUCAGCAAUAAAACAACUUCUCUCAACAUCACACAGCUCUGUGACGUCUCAGAUAAUCGUCCCCGUUCACGGUUUCCUGCUCUGAUAUCUGCUGGACUUUUUGUGUUAUUAAUUAUAAUAUUACCAACUUUGUGGAUUUGGCUGAAAAAGGCAACAUCAGAACAUCAGCUCUGUAACGUAGAUGGUGUUGGUGCAUGGAAUCAAACUAGUGUUUUAUCAGCUACUGGAAGCUUCAGCAGCUACAGAAGUGAUGUUGAUGAACUUCAUCGAUCCCAAAGUUCAUUAGUGACGAUGAUGUUCAGGGCAAUGGGACAAAUCCUGGUGAAUAUUGUAGCAGAAAUCAGGACUCUCAGGACUCUUCUUCUCCUGCUGUGCUGUUUACUGUGUGAAGCUGGAGACGAGACGGUCACACUGCAGGAAGUGGAAGGAACCACUAUAACUCUCCAUACUGGGAUAACUGGGAUUCAGAGUCAUGCUCAUAUUCAGUGGUUUUAUGGACCUGAGAAAUUAGAGGAAAAGAUAUUGGACAGUCAUGUGUAUAAAGGAGAAACUGUUACAGACAUCAGUGAGAGAUUUAAAGAGCGACUGCAGCUGGACAGAAUCAGUGGAGCUUUAACCAUCAGGAACAUCAGCAGAACUGAUUCUGGAGUUUAUUUAUUAAAAGCCAUCACUGGACGUCUCUCAUCUAGGACUUUCAGUGUCAGUGUUUAUGCUCCAGUAUCAACUCCAGUAAUAAUAAAUGAAAGAGGAAAGCCAAGUGUGAUUUCCACAGAGUCGUGUUUCCUCCUGUGUUCUGUGGAGAAUGGAGAAGAUGUGAAGUUAUCCUGGUACAGAGAGAAUGAGAGAAUCUCCAUCACCAAUAACACAGAUCUCAGUGUUCCCCUCAAUCUCCCACUUCAAAUACAACACAAUGACACUAACACUUACAUCUGUGUGUCUGCAAACCCUGUCAGCAAUAAAACAACUUCUCUCAUCAUCACACAGCUCUGUGACGUCUCAGAUGAUCGUCCCCGUUCACUGUUCCCUGCCCUGAUAUCUGUUGGACUUUUUGUGUUAUUAAUUAUAAUAUUAAUAAUUUUGGGGAUUCGGCAGAAAAAUAAAAAACACAAGCAAGCAAAAUGGAAGAACGAGGACACAGAAGAACGUGGCUGCAGUGCCAAAGAAAGCUGUCAGCCGUUGGAGCUGCUGGAUAGCCAUGAAGCAGGUGAAGAGGAGCCUGAAACUCCGAGGAGUUCGGCGGACAGUCUGGAUAUUGAUGGCGUGACAGGUUUACUGUGUGAAGCUGGAGACGAGACGGUCACACUGCAGGAAGUGGAAGGAACCACUAUAACUCUCCAUACUGGGAUAACUGGGAUUCAGAGUGAUGCUCGUAUUCAGUGGUUUUAUGGACCUGAGAAACUAGAGGAGAAGAUAUUGAACAGUUAUGUGUAUAAAGGAGAAACUGUUACAGACAUCAGUGAGAGAUUUAAAGAGCGACUGCAGCUGGACAGAAUCAGUGGAGCUUUAACCAUCAGGAACAUCAGCAGAACUGAUUCUGGAGUUUAUUUAUUACACGUCAUCACUGGACGUCUCUCAUCUAGGACUUUCAGUGUCAGUGUUUAUGCUCCAGUAUCAACUCCAGUAAUAAUAAAUGAAAGAGGAAAGCGAAGUGUGAUUUCCACAAAGUCGUGUUUCCUCCUGUGUUCUGUGGAGAAUGGAGAAGAUGUGAAGUUAUCCUGGUACAGAGAGAAUGAGAGAAUCUCCAUCACCAAUAACACAGAUCUCAGUGUUCCACUCAAUCUCUCACUUCAAAUACAACACAAUGACAUUAACACUUACAUCUGUGUGUCUGCAAACCCUGUCAGCCAUAAAACAACUUCUCUCAUCAUCACACAGCUCUGUGACGUCUCAGACAAAUCUGAUGAUUCUCCUUCACUGCUUCCUGUCCUGAUAUCAGCUGGAGUUUUCCUGCUACUAAUACUAACAGGAUUUGUGUGGGUUUGGCUAAAAAGAAAACACAACAAGCUCCUAAAGAAACUUGAGGAAGUGACUUUCACUGAGGUGACAAUUACAGCUCACAGUGCAGAGAGAGUUAAAAAGGAAGAAAAGUCCAGAAUAACAGAUGGUCAAGAGCUGAAUACCUUCGUGAUGUACUCAGCUGUGGAGACACUGACAUAAUUCAGUACAUACUUAUUUAUCAAAACGAUCUUUACAUGAUAAUUAAUUAAUUUCUUUUAUAGGUCACUGAUCUAUAAUUCAUUUAUAUUUAAUAACCUUUGAAUAUUCGAGUUUGGAUUAAAAAUUAUUAACAUUCUCAAUCUUUGUACUUCAUUAAACUACAAUUAAAAACAGUUUGCUCUUCAAGUAGGAGUUUUGUAAUUAGUUUAUUUAUGUAACAGUGAGUUAUUGCUGCUAUGUGCAAUACCAACACUGACCACAAGGUGGUAGCAGAUCAGAAAGCAAAUCCUGAUCAUGAGCAUCUGUAAAUAUUAUUUCUGUUUGUUUGUUUUUGUUUGCUAUCCACUGAAGACACUGACACCUAACUCUAACCCUAACCCUAUGAGACGCAGAUCUUUACUUCUAAACCUUUUCAGUUGAUCAGAAACAGUGUGACUAAUACAGGUGAUUGACAGGUACUUCUUGUUGCUCAGGUGUGUGUCUGUGUGUUUAGAUUGAUUACUUCAAUAGUUCAUAGGUGAAGACUGAGUUUGUUAAAAAUGAGAGCUGUCUAUGAACCAAAGCCCACAACUGAAAAACUGAAGAAGCUGAAAAACAAGCCAGGAAAAGCUACAGAAAAGAUGAAUGGAGCAGGUUGAUGAUGUCAGAGUUAUUGCAGCUGUUAGUCAGGGUACUCUGUCUCCAUCAGAUGCUCUGGUCACCUAUGAGAGUGAAGUCUGAGGGUUUACAGUACACACUGUCAGUAGAUAUCUGACUCCAAAACUCUGACUGGAUCUGAGUUUUCUAUGACUCCACCUCUGACUCCCCUAUGUCUCUACUCUGACUCCUCUGUGUCUCUUUUCUGACUCCUCUCUGACUCUAACAUUAGCCAUUUAGUCUUCUCUGUGACUCCACUCUGGUGUGUGUGACUCCUCUAUCUGCUCUGACUCGUAUGUAUGUGACUCCUCUGUGUCUCUCACUCUGCUGUGACUUUUCACUGAUGUGUCAUAACUCUGCUUUGACUCCUCUGUGACCCCUCUGUAAGUCUCUGACUCUCCUGGGACUCAUUUGACUGUGACUUCUCUGGGUCACGUAAAUAACGGUGUGACAUUUGUCAUUUUUUUAAGGACUUCAUGUUUUUUGUCUGUUAUAUUUAUAAGCUCACUGUAUCUGAAGUGUUGAAAAAUAGAAACAAGCGUUAUUUAUAAUGUAUAAAUGUUAUAUAUGUCUAAAAUGUUUUUUAGUGUUUAUUUAAAAUCUUUGCUGUAAAUUAACAAAGUGUGUGUUAAAGUCAAAAUAACCUCAUGCUGGAAUUCUAAAUAAAUCAGAGUAAUUCAUAUAUAAGGACGUCUAUGUGCUCCUACUGUAAGAGCUUUGUAGUGUUAAUGUGUUCAGGUGAUCGUGCUCAUGUCAUUUGUAAUAAGGCAAAUGUAAUAAAAUCUGCAUGUUGUUACACCCUGUCUAGGGGUGAAGGUGCAACAUGAAAGAGUACGAGGAAACAGAGGUAACGGAAUAAACAAUAUUUUUAAUGAGUAACAAAUUUCACAUGUACAACUGGGGUUAUGUCUUCAGGAGCUGACAAGGCCACAAUAACUAACAGAAACAACUAAUUGUUGUACCCUUUAAAUUCCCUGCUGUGCAA